UUCUCCCCGCACGUCUUUCCCGAGGAGCCCGGGGCGGGCGGACGUGUUUCCCUUUCCCUUCUCCCCCUGACGGCCCCGAUCCUCCCCCCACCCCCACCCCCCGGCAGGCCUCCUCCGCCCCUCCCCGGCGGGGUCGGCUGGGCUGCGAGGAGCGCGCCUGGGGCAGCCCUUGGAGACUGUGCGCGCAGUGCAGGGAGGCAGGGAGGGACCCGCGCUCACAAAAGGGCAUUUGGGUGGGGGGGGGGUCCCCUUUGCUCCCCCAGCCCAUCUGUUUUCUUGCAGAGGGGGCGCAAAAGCCACGCGCUUCCGCUCCGGGUCUUUCCAAACACCCCCCCCCCCAAAGAGCCUUCCUCCCCCCACCCCCGAUUUCCCCCCCCCCCUCGCAGCGUGUCGCGUUCUGACGUGCAGCAGACACGCCUUUCCGAGAGGGAAGGGGUCGCCGAGGAAGAAGCAAAAGGAGACACACACACACACACCCCGCCCCCCCGCGCGGAUUGGCACACGCCCCCUCCCCCAAGCUGCCGUCUCGGCCAUGGGCCAGCCCAAGACACGGAUCGCGGAUUGAACAUACCCGGCUCCUUGAGUUGCUUCUUAUAGGGCAUGGAAUCCAGACCUUUUACCCUUUUGGUUGCCCCUCUUCUGGAUCUGUUCCAGCUUGUCAAUACCUUUUCCCAGAACUGGACAAAGGAUUCCAGGACGAGCGUUUCUCCGACCCAAAGGAAGCCGGUGGCAGUACCGAGAUAGGACUUGAACGGACCGGUGCGGGCGCUUUCCUGAUCCCUGGCAAAAGAAAGAAUUUGUAUGAACUCGUGGAGUUGGUGACAGUCCGCCCUUAUGUAACUUUCACCCGUCGGGACUGCAAGCCGGCAAGAAUGUCGCCAUUAACCCGCAAGAGCUUAGCCGAAAGUAAGGUUGCAGCCCUGUACCGCGCCUGGAAAGGACAGCUCUUCAUUCAGGACCAGCGGUUGUGUGACUUGGCCUUCCUCUUGCCAUUUAGCGGCACCAUCCCCGCACAGUUGCCCACCAAGCUCGAAGCCAGCUACGCCGUGGCUGUCCCAGUCUUGAGGAAGAGGCUGCCUGCAGUUUUCGUUGGGAGAGACAGUUCUGCAAACUAUGAAGUCGAUUCAGAAGGCAUGCUGAUCUGUUUAUACGAAGUGGAAAUAUCAAAUCAAGAUGAACCGAAAGCAAACCAGUUAAUAGAGAGCUUGAAAGAGAAAGAUGUGGCUCUUGUCAGGUGUUUGAACGAACGCGGGCUUUUCAUCUUGCUUAACUCAUCCUCUUUGGCAAAAGAAAAAGACUCUGGCCCUGAGGAAAUUCCCCGUCUUCAGGCCUUGUUUGUGAUCUCGUCCCCAAGUCCAAUGCACUUAGCAGCAAAAGAUGGGAGAUGCAACCAGAGGCCGAACGAGAGAUCUUCGCAAGUCAGUCUGCUCCUGCCAGCCCUUCGCUAUGCAUUAGCAGAGGCAGCCAAGGAUCCCAAAGAGGGCGCGGUGCCUCUUGGGGCUCUGGUUAAACAGCAUGUCCAAGAGUUUGCGAAGCUGGAUAAGAGUUUGCUGCCCACCUUUGCUGACCCUGACAGACUGUCCGUCUCCUUUGAUCAGUUCUCAGAGAAGUCUGACCUUGAAGCUGUGUCCGGCAAGUGCUCCCAGAAGUCCUUUGCUCUCUUGCAACUCUACCUGUCGGAUCCCCAGAACUACGCUUUGGAAAUUUCAGCAGCCUCGCCUUCUACCGGUACCGAUUCUCAGCCUCCCAACAGUAGUAAAGUGUGUGAUCCUAGCGGCGCUUCAGGCUUAAAUUCAGACUCUCAACCCCCCGAGCGUAGUGUACCGCUUGUCAAAACCAUGCGGUCGGGGCGAUCCGUGGAAGCGACCGCUCCCGGCACGGAGGGCGCAGGGAAACCCAGCCGAAUGGGUGAUCGGACUCCGCACCGCUGCAAAAGGAAAUCCAGCCGUCUGCUGAGCGCCAGCACGCGGAAAAAGUGGGCCCCUCUGAAAGUCCUCUGCAUCAUGGAGAGCAACAAGAAGCGGAAAAAAUCCAAAAAGAAGAAGCUGGAUCCCUCGUCCGCAACAUCCAAAACUCUGGAGCCCUCAGUAGAUUCCGGUGAACCUACCCUCAAAUUAAAAAAUCUUCAGUAUCCCCUAAGAAGAAAAAGAGGCGCCCAGGUUUUGUCGGCAGAAUUUGUGCAGAGGACGAGGCAUGAGCCUGCCACAAAAGCCGCGUCUUCUUCCGAGAGUCUCAGCGCAGAACUGAAAAAGCCCAGACUCUUGAACUGCAGAAAGAGUACAGAAGUGCGAAAGGCGGAGAUCAACGAGAAGCGGACAAUAAGCAAGAAAUAUGUCCAUCGCAACGCGGAGGAAAACGAGUCCGAAAUCCGUGAUGACGAGAACGCUACUUCCAGUGAAAGAUCUGCUCCUCGGGACGAAUAUGAUUCCCACGCCUUGAACAUGUUGGCAGAUCUGGCCCUCAGCUCUUGCAACUCUGCGCUGCUCAGUAACACCCACAGAUCCAGGCUGUCUCUCAGCCCGUCCCGAGAUCGCCGGCACCUGCACGGGGCCAAGCUUCUGCGCAAGGCGUCCGACCACGAGUAUCACAGGAUCAACGCAAAAUUGAAAGGCAGUUCCCUUUCCGGCAGGGAUCUUCAGUGGUCCCCCUCCACCCCUGUACAGCCCAAUCAAAGCGCGGAAUCCCCUUCCAGCCCACAGGAGAGGAGUCGCGCGGGUUCAGGCAAAAAGAAGAUUGCGAGAUCCUCUCUGGCCAAGCCCCAUGCAGCUCUUCCAGUGGGAAUGGAAGAGUUUUCAGGCCUGUGUGAGGCCUUUUUGAUCUCCAUCGAGCAUUCCUAUGCGUCUCCUGCAUUGGAGCCGUUAAGAAAGCAGCUCCCUUGGAGAGGGACCCCAAAUCCCCCCAACUCCAAGAACGGUGUGAAAAGCGCAAAAUCGGGACCCCUGGUUGGGAAAGUGCUGCCUUUCCGGCACCAGCAGAACAUCUGCCACCCGCACAAACAGUUGCGGACCUACUUACCUUUUGUGCGCUCCACCAUCAUGGCCGCCAGGCCGAAGGAGGACUUCAACCGGUCCCGCCAAGUGACUUUUAGCGACCAGUCUGUUCAAGUGACUUGCCAGUGGGAGGCCGAAUAUCUCUUUAGUUUAGACAGCAAGUACACGAACAAUUCGUUAGAGAAAACGGUUGUUCGGGCUGUGCACGGACCAUGGGAUGUGAGCCUGUCAGAUGACGUGGAAGAAAUGAAACUGAUACUCCACAUGUGGGUGGCCUUGUUUUAUAGCAAGCCCUUCCGAUCUUCGACAGUCAGGAAAGUGGUUGAGCACAGCAACCCCGCCAAAUACAUAUCGCUGAACAGUGCCGUGGAUCCUUUGGAACUCAUUGACGACGGUGAGGUCUUCUGUGAUUCGGAGAAGCACUCGGUGGACUUGUUCUCUGAGGCAUACCAGACGCACAGUAAAGUCGAAGGAAGAGCGUGUUCCCCUGUGGAGAAACCACUCUCUUGCAACAAACUGUCCUCUACAAACAGCAUAGAAUGCGCGGCGGAGACCUACGACUGGCCUUUGAGAGAUGGACCAGUCAGCUCCCUUGCCAGUGACUUGGUGGGUCUGCCUCAGGCCUUUGAUAAGGUGCCUGGAGAGGAGGCUGACGAAGAAUUCUUUCUGGGGCCCGUUAUUUCUACUGGCAGCCCUAGUAGCAGCUCUUUACGUGGCAGCGCUUGCUCGGAGGCAGAAGCGAAUAAAGCCGUCCACCUGUUUGAGGUUUCCCAAAGCGACUCUUCUUCAGUGCUUCCCAAAGUGCCAGAGACCUCAACAGAUGCACAGACGGUACAAAGCCCAAGGAGCAGCAUUUCUUCGGAGAGGCCGCCAAUCAGCAGUUCCUCGUCUCCUGCAGAGAAGAAGGACAACUGCCAAAUAGGAAGUACUGAUUCACCACGUACUUCCGGAGUGACGUGGUUAGAGACGAACACCGAGUACGGGAAAGGUGAACGUUUGUGUAAGGGAGAAAGAGAUCCACAGGAUCUCCCUGUAGAUGAAGUUGAGGAAGACGGCGAUGUCGAGAGCGUGGAGGUGGAAUCCAUUGGCCUUGCUCUUUCGGAUAGCAACGAUGCUGAUGCGGAGCCACGAGACAUGGAUCUGGAGCAAGAUAACGAAGAACUUCCCCAUGAGGGCUGUGUGGCUGAAGAGACCUGCGUGUGUGACGCAGCGUCACCUGGUGAUAGUUUGACGACUUUAAUACCAACACCGACUGCAAGUUCUCCACAGCAGACUGCUCCCCAAACAGUAACUGAAUCACCCGGAGACCAAGACGGCCCUGCUGAGUUAGCGCCCAAAUCUUCAUCUGUAAACCCGACAGACUCUGUUGAGGAUUUCUGCAUUUUGCAGGACAGUAAAGGAGACGUCGUAGCUGAUUCGUGUCUACCGCAAGCUGUUUCUUUUCAUCAGGUCGCUCUUGAUGAAAUAACUGAAUUGGCAAGGUGUGAAGAUUCUGUUGUACCAUCCAAACAUCCCAUAUCUCCAAACCCAACGGACCUGGUUGAACACUCAAGCAUUUCUCAGGAGGACAAAGCUACAGAACUGAACCCAAUAAAGAAUGAUUCGGUAACUCAAGGGGAUUCUGUAGGGAGCAAAGAAGAUUUGGUUGUGUUCGGGAAGAGUCGGACAUUAUCCAACCCAUUUGAUCGGGGUGGUGUCUCCCAGGGUGGCAAAGAAAUUGGCCAGCCCAAUGCUGCUUUGCACCAGACUUAUCCUGCCUGUCAAUCAACGCUUGAUGACAUAUCAGAAUUGCCAGGGAACCAGCAAGACUCCGCAGUGUCAACCACAGUUCCUGUACCUCGGCACCAAAUAAAUGCAAUUGACACUGAGUCCCAAGAGGAAUUCCCCCUGGCCCAGUCAUCUUGGGAAUUGGCCCAAGUCCAGAGUAGUAUGUUGACUGAAGACGAACACAUAGGGAACCAAAAUGAUUCUCUUGUGUCAGCUGACAAUCUUGCAUCUCCGAAACGAUUGAGUCUCGUUGGGAACACGUGUGUUUCCCCGGAGGAAAAAGGAAGCUAUCCGCUUGAUUCGGCUCCAUUACAGAAUCAUCCAGCCCAUCAAACCGCUCCUGACAAAGCUUCAAAAUCACCGGAAGGCCAAGAAGACUCCACUGCAACAGUCCCAAAUCCUGCAUUUCCUGAGCAGAUAGGUUUGGAUGAGGGUCCCUAUGCUGACCAGGAAGAGGAAGACGUGAACGAGGCUCAUACGGUUCCACUGGACGAGAAAGGCCAAGUAAUUCAAGUGGAACAGGAUACCAGGCAGAUGUUGGAAUUCCCGAAUGAUGCAAUAGAAGAUCAAGCAGUGCGGUGCUUGAGGUUGUACGCUAGCGAGUUGAAAUGUAACUCUCAAGGACCUGAGCCUUGUGGAAAAAGUGAAAACGGAAGCACGUUGGUUACAGAAGAAGCAGCACAUGAGGAUAAGCUACAGGUUGUAGCAACAGUGAGCGGAGAAAUCAAGUCCUUCAGCGAAUCAAUUGACCCUGUGACCAUUUUAAAAGCGGAGAAUGAAGGAUCCAAUUCUAAAGAGGACUCGGGUUUAAAUUGGAUCAGUUGCAUGACCCUGGAGAGUGUGACCCCUCCUGAGAGUGACGAAGAAAUCUGUACCGCUGACCAGCUUAACAGUUCUGGUUCCGGAUGGGUGCUGAGCGGACAUUCGGAGAGGCAGGACGCAAAGUCAGAAGAGAAUGCCCCGCCCCUUUCAACAUCUCACGAAGGUCUCAGCUCCCGUCAAGUGGAUGGGAUUGAAAAAGAUCCAUCGGAAGAGAAUGAAGCUGCUUCCAUUUCUGGGGAUGUCUUUUCACAUCCUUGUUGCGAGGAUCAGAUAAGCUCGGGGCCCUUAAUAGAUAGCAAAUCUCUGUUGGCUGAAACAGCUGUACCCUCAAAGAACGACAAUUCAAUUGUUCCCAUGUUGGGUGGAGAAGUUGGCUUAGGAUUAGCUAGCCACGAAGCAUCCAUUUUGGAAAGGGAAGGUAGCUUGUUCAGGGAAGAGUGUGUCGAAAUCUUGCCUUGUGUUCCAGGAGGACAUCUGGUUGAAUAUUCCCCUGAUGAAUCUGACUCCCCUUUCCAUGGAGGCACCAGCGAAGGUCAGAAACAGGGGGAUCCUGAAAAUCCUGGGGGUGUACAGUUGGCCACUGAACGGACAGAGUUCCACACCAGAGUAUUAGGGCCUAGUACAAAUUGGGAAGUGGCGUCAGUUUCAGCAGACAACAAUCAAGGACUCUUUGGAGAUCCACGUUGCAGAAAUUCGCCAGUGAAUGCUUGUCGUACGAGAUCCACCAACUCCGCAGGAGUUACGGGGUCUACCUACAUCUGUGAUUUAGGGUCAGAGGAAGAGAUCAGUAAGAGUGAUGAUUGGACGUACAUGGGGGAAAAGACGAGGAAGUUGGAUGCUGAGGCUGAACGUUUUGACUGGCCUUUCACGUGUAGAAGGGACGAUAGACCUGCCGGGGCCUCUCUGAAGUCGGACGCUGAGCCGGGACCUCUGAAGGGUUAUAUCAACUUUUCUGUCACCAAGAAGCACAAGGACAAAACUAGAACUUUUUACUCUUCCGAGAGGGGUGACAGUUUCACAGCAGAGUUGGGAUCAGUGAACUCUUUGAGUAGGAUUUGGCGGGUUUUGGAUGACCCUGUCCAAAGUACCUUAGAUAUGGAAUGUUUGCGUUUCCAUUAUAAGCUAAAGCAAAUCCUAAAAAAGAAGAGACCACAAUGUUCUACCUCCGUUGAUCUCUCGAUUGCGCCUCAGGUAAUAGCCAACACGUUGCCCCUGAAAAAGGUACCCGAAACUCCUGUUUUGAAUCCGCCGCCUCGGAGUAGAAGUCCGCUUCUGAUCACAAUUGCAAAUCCCGGCACGAGGCGGAGCGCCACACAUCGCUUCCCAAGAACGAGCGUGCCCAGUGACCCCCUUGACCCUCCUCCGCUUACGCGAGACUCCUUUAGCAAAGCGGUUAGGUCCAAAAGUCGGGGCCCGGGACGGCCCACCCCUUUCCACCUCAACAAGUUGACAUACAAUAAUAAGCUGAAAGAUUGCCGAGGCGACAUCUCGGUCAUUAUGGACGAAUUUGCUGAACUGAGCAAGGUGUUGAAAUUGGAUGACAGGCAGGCGAGCAACAACGGGAGAGAUCCCAAUACUACCUCAGAAGAUGUUCCGGCGGAAAAGUCCCCGUCCUUGCGCAGAAGGACGACCUCCUACGACCACCUCUUUGAUGACUUGUGCAACACGCUACAUUUCAGACUCACAAAAGUUGCCAAAGAGGCGUGCAAAAAACCCUACUCUUUCUACCUGGUGGAAACAGACGACGAUCCUUCCUUUGGGAGAAUAAAGAACCUGCUGAAAAAAGGGGGUCAUUCGGAAGCCGACCCCCAGCAUUUCUGCAAGGCCAGCCGCCCGGAGACAGACAGACUGGUGGUGAUAAUCAGAAACGAGGACAUCUUUGCGCACGUUCACAAGAUCCCUUCCUUGCUACGCCUGAAGCGCUUUCCCAACGUGACGUUUGCCGGCAUGGACAGCCCCGAAGACAUCCUGGACCACACCUACCAGGAACUCUUCCAUAGCGGAGGCUUCGUGGUGUCCGACGACCAAGUGCUGGAGACCGUGACUACGGGAGAGCUGAAGGACGUGAUCAAGACUCUGGAGCAGCUGAACGAGCACCGGAAGUGGAGGUGGCUCCUGCACCACAAAGAGACAAAGAAACUGAGAGAAAAAGCAAGGGUGGACUCUGCGGCUCACUCCAAGCACUCGAUCCUGCGAUCUUGCCAAGGGGCAAACUUCACCGAAGUCCUUCACUACCACUGUUGUGACUCCAGAUCUUCCACGAGAGCCGAGUAUCUGAGCUGCUUGCUGAACCUUCAGGUGCAGCACAUCGGCGCCCGGCUGGCCAUCUUUCUGACCGGAAAGCCCAGCGCCAGCAAAGACGCCUUGGAAAGCAAAGGGAUUUUGGUGCUCGAUGUAAAUACUUUUGUCGCGACGGCACAAGACUUGGCGAAGUCAUGUAGAAGCAAUUAUUGAUUACCAAGAUGCCUCUUCGACCCUCAACAUUUUCGGGGCUGGAUACAGAACAAAGCUGGUUUCUUUCUCAAAACCGACGAAGAGAUUAAUGUAGUUUUCGUUCAUUUCCAGUUGUGCACCCUAAAAACUGCCUGAGUAGGUGCCGUAGGGCAUAGCUUUCCUUCCCUUCCCCCUGCUCUCCCUACUCUUGAGUAGAACUACGGCUGUUUUAUUUAAGGUCCGUACAGAAGAUUUCUUAUUUAACCACAAUGUGGAAUCUUUGACGAAAAAUAUAUAUGUAUUUUUAUGUAUCAAUUGUCGGCGGAAUGGAAUUUGAACUCUGGCUGCGCAGCUACACAAAACAUUGUCAUAGGAAAAAGAAACACACACCUGUUUACUUGAAGGUUCAGCACUCCUUACUAAACCCAGCCUUUCGUACUCUUGGGGGAAGCUACCGUAGAUAAGUCCUAGGGCUCUGGGAGGACUCCUCUUGCGUAGCUCUUCCCUCUGGAUCAGGCCCAGAAACUUGAAAAGCAAGCAUUCAAAGGUCUGUUUUCUUCUCAUUUUUGUACAUCAGUGCAAAAUAUUGGAUGUUGUUAAUGUGUGCAAUCAAUGCUGUUUUCUUUCCUAGUUAGUAACUGUAGAGCAGAACUCACCCCCGCCCCCACUCUCCUUUGUAAGUAGGUCUCUGUCCCCGUGCCCUAUUUAUGGUAUUGCAAUAAAGGUUACCGAUAGAUCGUAGCACUAAUACAAGGUUGGUCAAAACCCCUCCGCUGUCACUUGGGAGGCUGUUUUAUAAACUAAUCUUUAUAAAUAAAAGUGGACGGAAA